AUGGGCUCAAUUUUUUCUAAAUCCUCCAGUGAGAAACACGGUUCCAGCCACGAAGCAAGUGCUCCGGCUUCCCGUACAGGCAGCCUUUUGCGAGUCACUUUAAAACGCAAUGGUAGCCGGACCGGCACAUUGACCAAAAAAGGGUCCAAAAAGUAUCAAAAGAGUGAAGAUGCAUCUAAGGAACAUUCUCCUCAGUCAACAUCUGUUACGGCCGGUAGUGAGACUGCCAAGGAUUUACAAACAAUUGGACAAAAACAACCGAAAACGCCCGAAAUGCAACGACAAGGUGGAGACACAAGCCUUCAAGAGGAUUGGGAAAAUCUCACGAACUCGACUGCGGGCAUUGAAGCUGCAGCCCCAGUUGCUAUUCCCGAAUCUGAUGCUGACACUGGCAUACUUACUCCUCCUCCCAAGGUCAAAGCCGUGGCAGAAGAACCUGUGAGUGCCACUGUACCCCAUCAGGCCGAGUGCGAUUCUCAACAGAAGCCGCCGGAGGCCACCGAGUUGGCAGUUGAAUCCCGGACUGCCAUUGAAGAGUUUGUUGAAAACUCAAUCUCUGAGGCAACCACACGCAACGAAAAUGAGGAGGUGGUUUCCGAUGAGAAAACCCAACCGAUCGUUGAAGCCGAAUGUGCCAUGGAGGUAGCUCCGGAAGCAGAAGUGAAACCAGCGACUGAAGAGGCUGGUCUGGCACAGCACGAGGAUGGGUUCGUCGUCCUUCAGCAAACUUCGCAGGAGACAGAAGGCUCUGUCUCCGAGGGGCAUGUCGCAGUAACUGAAACUAUAUCACCCGAAGUCCAGACUGACGUACCCCACGCUGAGAAGACCAUAGACGAUUCCAAAGAGGAGCACUGUGAACCAGCUAUUUCUGAAGAAUUCCCAGAGGCUGCGCUUGUCGAAUUGCCACACAAUACCAGUGAGCAGAUGUCUUCCCCAGAUAUGGUCACCAGUGAGCAGCAGAAGGUCCACGCAGAGAAAUCGGAGGUCGAAUCCACCAAAGAGCUCCAGUCCGAGCACAUAGAGCUUCCACUAGAGACGACCGAGGCCCCCGCCGAUAAGGAGAUUGAAGUCGAGAUUGCAGCUGAACCCCCGCAGCCCGAAGCUGAGCCGAUCUGUUGCGAGGCUGGUUCUGAAAGCCUCGAACAAGCUCCCGGUGAUUCCGGAAAGGAGUCUGUAUCCCCAUGUGUUGCAGACAACAUAACGGCUGAGGUCGAACUGCCUGGUGAACAUGACCAACCAUCACCGCUCGCCACUGAUUCUACUCCUGUCGAGGCAGAACUUCCACUGGAAGCUGACCAUGUGCCGUCACAACCCGAGGAAGAACAUUCCGAUAUCCAACCCAUUUCUGAAGAACAGAAAGAGAGCGCAAUCGACGAAACCACUAUGACGACCUGCAUUCCGGAUCCCCCGGCGGAAGCUCUCAUGCAAACACAGGAGCUCAGUGAACCCGAGAUUAUAUUAGCAUCUGAAGACCCAUGUGAAGCGCCGCCAGCUACUGAGACCGCCGAAACUCAGCCCGCACCUGAUCAUGUGGAGGUUAAUCCAGAGGCGCCGGCCGAGGACCAAUCGAUAGCAGCCGAGCAGCAACCUACGGAAGUUGUGGGCGAAGAAAAUCAAGAGCUCCCAGCGGAUUCCUGCAUUACAGAGAGUCAUCAGGAAUCGGAGACUUUGGAUUUGGCCCAGACGCAUGAGGCGCCCGUUGAGGACCAAUCGAUAGCAGUCGAGCAACAACCUACGGAAGCUGCGGGCGAAGAACCUCAAGAGCACCCAGCGGAUUCCUGCACUACAGAGAGUCAUCAGGAAUCGGAGACUUUGGAUUUGGCCCAAGCGCAUGAGGUGCCCGUUGAAGAUCAAUCUAUAGCAGUCGAGCAGCGACCUACGGAAGUUUUGGGCGAAGAAAAUCAAGAGCUCCCAGUGGAUUCUUGCACUACAGAGAGUCAUCAGGAGUCCGAGACUUUGGAUUUGGCCCAGGCACAUGAGGUUGAUGUUAACCUGGCGGGCGUCGAUGCCACUGCCACUGAGGUUGCUGAGCCUCAAUUAAACGAUGAGGAGAAGAAGGUAGAACUGUCUCCGGAGGAGACCCUCGGCAACGAAAAACAAGAAUCCGAGUCUUUCCAUGGGGAUGCGUCUGCCGAACCCUCUAAGGACGAAGGACAGGCUUCUGGGGAAAAGGAGUUCGAGGUGAUUCCCGAAGGUACGCCAGUUGAGCAGGCAGACGAAAGUCACCCGAGUACUUGUGAUAACGGAGUCCUUCCCGAUCAAACCGAUGAUGGUUCUGAGAGCGCUAGAGAGAAAGCGGUCGAUAGUGAGGGAUUAACCAACCAUUGUCUGGAGAAAUCUCAAGACGCAGAAAAGGAUAUUGGGUCCGUUCACGCUGAACAACCACCACCCGAAUUCGAAUCAAAAUCUGCGGUUGGGGAGCAUGCUGCAUCCGGUGAAAUCUGUCCGGAGGGCGAGAAACCCUCAGAUGCAGACGCCCAGAUCGGCGAUGAAGGCAACUGUGUGACCACAGACGCAGGUCAGGACCACGUUGCCGAUCUGAAAGCUGCCCGCGAAGGAGAUCUUCUGCCUCCUGAAGAAACUAAUGGAUUCCACGAGGCCCCAGCAGAGGUUGAAGCCAGAUGA